AUGCAGGAAGCUUUGGUGGAUUUCUUGCACAACAAUACGCCAUUACUUAUCCUUCGCAUGUUUCACACCUCAUACUGCGAGGCACAGCGGUAUCGUAUCACCAAGCGAUUCAGGUACUGGAAGGUCGCAUUCAUCGCGCACCUGGCCUCUCUAUGGGAAUGUUCUGCUUCGCUUUAUAGCGAGUCUUUCGAUGCGGACAUUGCCUUGCGUGGAAAUAUGGACAGUGUGUUCUACGCUAAGUCACAAAGUAGGGAGAACAUCCUAUUAGUCGAGCGUUAUGCGGACUCAGAAACAGAUAAUUUAUACGCACAACCGGAGAGGUCCUUUGACUAUAGAGAUAGCCUCUCAACUGUGACGGUAAAAACUCGGAUAAUUUUCGGCGAGCGAGACUGGAUUGUCCACUGGGGCAGUCGCGGGUGA